AUGGUACAUUCUACAAACACAGUCUUGUAUUCUGUUCCUAACCCCAAUUUAUCACAAUUAUCAAGCAAUUACAAGUCAACCACCAAAACUACAAAUACAACUACAACACCAAAGAUGAACCGCACGUCUAGUUCUGCAUCAAAUCAAUCAGCUACCUCAUCCACGUCUACUGCUACUACUGCAUCCACUUCUUCCUCUGGCUCCUUGUUUGGCAAGUGCAAGAAUAGAAAAUCCAUUCCAUACCCUUGGAAACUCGACUUUGACGACACUUUGCAACAAUAUUACUAUACAAAUACAGCAGAUGGCACAAUUUCAUAUGACUUGCCCAAUGAAGUCAAGUACAAGCCAAACACAAACAAAGGAGGAAACAAAAUACUUCAUAAGAUUAAGUCAUUGACUAAAAAAAGAAAAAGCAUCGAUGACUCUAAAGUUAUAACAAGUGCCGAAACCAGAAGAAGCAGUAACGCUGUGGUUGAUGAUGAUAAUGAAACUGAAAAUGCUAGCAUCACAUCUGCAGAAUCAGUCAAGUCCAUUGACCUCGACUUGAGCAAUGCCACGGACACAACUAUUCAAGGUGCAGAUGAACCAUACUUGCUCUCAAACAACAUGUACAAUCAGUAUAGAAAUUUUGCAGGCACUUCGUCAAUUACACCAUAUGACUCUGUCUCUAUCCAGUCUGAACUAGCAUCACUCGAAAGUGACCACGAAUUUGAUGAAGAAUAUGAAGACUAUGAUGAGUACGACUACUACUACGGAGAUAACAUUGCUGCAAAUGAAAUCAAACCAUAUACAAGAAAAAACGUACUGAACCCAGAAUACGGAUUGGUGUAUACCAACUACUUUAUGAAUACAUGGGACGACAACAAUGACAAUAGUGGCAACAGUGGCAACAAUCAGUACAAUCAGUACAAUCAGUACAAUCAGUACAAUCAAUACAAUGAAAUGAGUGAUUUGGAUAAAGAGAAUGAGAGACGAGAAUUGAGAUUGCAAAUGUUGAGAGAAUUGUACUAA